UGCUGGCGCUGUGCUGUGCGCUCUGCAUUCGCUGUCGUGCCUCGCCUGUUUUCAGCCACAUUCAGGUUCUGCUCUGCUCGCCCUUUGCAGAAAUGGCAACUUCACUGAAACUGAACACCGGUGCGCAAAUGCCUAUUUUGGGACUGGGGACGUGGAAGUCUCCACCUGGUAAGGUCACUGAGGCGGUGAAAGCGGCCAUUUCUGCAGGCUACAGGCACAUCGAUGGGGCAUAUGUCUACAAGAACGAGGUGGAGGUGGGUGAGGGUAUCAACAGCAUGAUCAAGGAUGGUGUGGUCAAAAGAGAGGAUCUUUUUAUUGUAAGCAAGCUGUGGUGUACUUUCCAUGAGAAGUCUUUGGUGAGGAAAGCUUGUGAGAAGACUCUCAGUGAUCUUAAACUGGACUAUCUAGACCUCUAUUUAGUGCACUGGCCCAUGGGUUUCAAGGCAGGUGAUGAGCUUUUUCCUCUGGACAGUGCGGGAGAAACAAUCAACGAUAACACUACUUUCCUGGAAACGUGGGAGGGGAUGGAGGAGCUGGUAGAUGCUGGUUUGGUCAAAGCUAUUGGCAUCUCCAACUUCAACAAGGAGCAGAUUGAAGCCAUUCUCAACAAGCCAGGCCUCAAAUACAAGCCUGCCAACAACCAGGUAGAGUGUCACCCAUACCUGACACAGGAGAAGCUGAUCAACUACUGUCACUCUCAGGGCAUCACGGUGACAGCUUACAGCCCCCUGGGGUCCCCUGACAGACCAUGGGCUAAACCAGAUGACCCAUCACUCCUGGAGGAUCCCAACAUCAAAGCCAUCGCUGACAAACACAAGAAGACACCUGCUCAGGUCCUGAUCCGCUUCCACAUCCAAAGAAAUGUGAUUGUGAUCCCAAAGUCGAUCACACCGCAGCGCAUUCAAGAGAAUUUCCAGGUGUUUGACUUUGAAUUAACUGAGGAGGAAAUAAAGACUAUAUUGGGAUUCAACAGGAACUGGAGAGUCUGUCCGAUGCAAUGGGGCACAAAGCACAGGGACUAUCCGUUCAACGCUGAGUUCUGAGUGGAACGCGGCAGUUCCCACAGCUUCAUGCCGGUGCUGGAUUUUUCUCUCUUUACCUAUGUUAUUGCUCACUUUCCUGUUCUUUAGAUCAGUUUACGCUGUUGGGUUUUUACAUAUAAAAUCAAUCAAAUCUUUAAAAGAAAGAGAGAAAAAAAAAAAAAAAAAAAAGUUCCUGCUUGACACAC